CUCUUCUCCUUUUCCCAGUCUCGAGUCGUCUCUCUGCUCCGGUCUCCGGAGAAAGCAAACCAACACCGAGCAGCAAACCCCACACGCCAAUUCGGAAUCUUUCUCCGCCCAGACGCCCCCUCGUUCCUCCCCGGCGUCGAUUCCGCCUCGCCGCCUGCCCGAUCGUCUAGCGUCCUGCUCAGCUAUCUGUGAUCGUAGGGGCUAGCGGGUGGACAGAAGAGGGCAUUCCGGCGUGAGGAUGUGCUAUCUGCAGCAGCUCAGAUAUUAGCAUCCCAUCUUUUCACAUGGCUGAGGGGGCUCGGUUUCACGGCAUGAUCGGCGGCGGUGGCAAGGGGAUGCAAGAAAAUGAGUUCAAUGGCUUCAACAACAUGCCCUAUUAUCAUAAGAUUGGGGCUGGGGAGGGAUCCCACAUGUCCGUGGACAGCGCCGACAACUACAACCUCUCCAAUUAUGCCGGUGGUUCCAUUACCAUGUCAGUGGACAACAGCAGCGUGGGCUCGAACGAGUCCCGCACUGUCAUACUUAAGCACCCAGGCCUCCGUGAUGCCCCAACUGCAAACUAUUCGGUUGGCAACAGCGUCUUCCGCCCCAACCGUGUGGCUGCACAAACUCUAAAUGAAGAUGCGUUGGCACGGGUUUUGAUGGACCCGAGUCAUCCAACGGAGAUACUUAGCGAGUACCAGCAGUGGGCCAUUGAUCUGGGGAGGUUGGACAUGGGAGCUCCUUUUGCCCAAGGGGCCUUUGGGAAGCUGUACCGGGGAACAUACAUUGGAGAAGAUGUUGCAGUUAAGCUGCUGGAGAAGCCUGAGAAUGACACCGAGAGAGCACGAUCAUUGGAACAGCAGUUUGUGCAAGAAGUUAUGAUGUUAUCAACACUGAGGCACCCAAAUAUUGUAAGGUUUAUAGGGGCUUGCAGGAAGUCAAUCGUGUGGUGCAUUGUUACUGAGUAUGCAAAAGGGGGCUCAGUCCGGCAGUUCCUUGCAAGAAGGCAGAACAAGGCGGUACCUUUGAGGCUGGCUGUCAAACAAGCAUUGGAUGUAGCCCGGGGAAUGGCCUAUGUGCAUGCCUUGGGAUUUAUCCACAGGGAUCUGAAGUCAGAUAAUCUACUUAUUGCAGCAGACAGGUCCAUUAAGAUUGCUGACUUUGGAGUUGCUCGUAUUGAAGUGAAAACAGAAGGGAUGACACCAGAGACGGGAACCUACCGCUGGAUGGCACCGGAAAUGAUCCAGCAUAGGCCUUAUGAUCACAAAGUUGACGUCUAUAGCUUUGGGAUUGUCUUGUGGGAGCUUAUAACUGGGAUGCUUCCUUUCACAAAAAUGACAGCUGUUCAGGCGGCGUUUGCUGUUGUAAAUAAGGGCGCUCGUCCAGUAAUCCCACAUGAUUGCCUACCUUCUCUAAGCCAUAUCAUGACGCGCUGUUGGGAUGCGAACCCUGAAGUCCGCCCACCAUUUACCGAGAUCGUGUGCAUGCUUGAGAAUGCGGAGAUGGAGGUCGUGAGCCAUGUCCGUAAAGCACGCUUCCGCUGCUGUGUCGCGGAACCCAUGACUACCGACUGAAAAUUCAAGAAAGGUUUAGAUGGUCGCAGCGGGGAUUAGUGAGAAAUCAGGGAAGAAUGAAGAAAAGAGGCAAUCUCAAUAUAUUCAUUGUUAUCAGUGUGUGGGUUCUGUGUGCCUCUUACAGAAGUCUCUAGGCUUAUCGGUGUGCAUUCUGUCUCGUGUAAGUUGCACGCCUCCAUGUAAAAGUAAUAUCUUAUGAAGUAUAGAUGUUGCCUUGUAUGCUAACAAGAUGUGAUGGAGCUUUCCUAUGUUAAUAACAUCUGCUUGUCUUGUACUCGCAA